AUCCAACAUGCAGAUCUACGAGUAACUGGUUCGGAACACCGUGUCGGUUCAAAUGCCACUGUGUUUACAACAAUGCAUGUGACAACAAUGGUGUAUGUUCGUCAGGGUGCGAAUACGGAUGGUUUGGUCCAUCUUGUCAGUAUGUUGAUUUGGUGUCGACAUAUUCGAAAUCGCCAACGCCAUCUUGGGUUUAUGACCGUCCAGACACCAACUGUAAUCCAGAUCAGGAGACGGUUACAAUUUCCUUGACAAGUACAUUCUAUUUUACCUGGCUCAGACUACAUGCUAAUGUUGCAGUGAGUUCACAAGACUUCAAAGUUCAACUAAUGCUCACAAACCAGAUCGUUACAACAUGUAACAACAUGUACACAUCCAAGAUCGAUGAUACAACACUGGAUAUUCAUUGCCUACCAGGUGCAUUUUUUGAGGACAUAGUUAUUAGCGGGAAUGGCGUCAAAUCUUUGUGCACAGUGUACGUAAGUGGAGGACGCAAUGUUGCGCUGGGACAAAACACGAAACAAACAUCUACCUACGAUUAUCAUUAUUCUUCGCUUGCUGUAGACGGGGAUAGAGAUCCCGUAUUUGAGGAUAACAGUUGUGCCCAUACUGCGGACCAUGUCGCCCCAACGUGGACACUGACUUUUGGAUGGCCACAUGUCGUAAACAGAUACCUCUUAUUCAACAGAAACAGUGAGUUAACCUGA